CCGAUUAUGCGUGAUUUUCUUCGAAAAGAACCACCUGCUAAAAGGACGAAGAAGGAAUUUGGCGCAUUCUAUCGCAACUUGUUGGAACGUUCUAUCGGAACAAGUUCUUCAGGUUGCGGGACAGGGACGAAGUCCACGCCUGGUUUCGCUGACCAAACAAAGCGAAGCUCUACGCGCCCUUCAGAGGGCCCUGCUGGAAGGUUUGCUUCCAGCGUUAAACGAUCGACGACGCAAUUAAUCCGAGUCCCGGAUCUGGCUGCACGAAAAAGGACGAAUUUAAAAGCAGGAGAACCCGCAAGUUGCGCUGGUCAAUCAAAGCGGACCCUUUCGCGCUCCCCCGGAAUCCCGACCGGAAGAUCAUCUGUCAGCCAGCCAUCUUCAAAGCUGCCGAUUCGCCUCUCCGCAUCUCCAUCUGGCUCUCCAGAAGGCCCGGCCGACCGGCUCGCCCAACAACGAGCUGCCAAGUUCUCGACCUCGCCUGGUUCUCGGAUCGGAGGACCUGCAGGUUGCGCUAACCCUGCAAAGCAAGACUCUUCGCGCUCUCCGGAAGGCCGGAACGGAUCGCCCGCUGCAAGUACUGAACAACGACCGACGAAGCAACUGAUUCGAGUUCCGAAUCCGGCUAAUCGAAAAGGAACGGAUUCGAAAGGUGAUUUUACAAAAGGAUUCCGUGUUUUGACCGGAGAACCCGCAAGUUGCGUUGGUCAAUCAAAGCGGAACUUUUCGCGCCUCCCCGGAAUCCCGGCCGGAAGACCAUCUGCCAGCCAGCCAUCUUUAAAACUGCCGAUUCGCCUCUCCGCAUCUCCGUCUGGCUCUCCAGAAAGCCCGGCCGACCGGCUCGAUAAACAACAAUCUGCCAAGUUCUCGACCUCGCCUGGUUCUCCAAUCGGAGGAUGCGCUAACCAAGCGAAGCGGACCCCCUCGCGCUCUCCGGAAGGCCGGAAUGGAUCGCCCGCUGCAAGUACUGAACAACGACCGACGAAGCAACUGAUUCGAGUUCCGAAUCCGGCUAAUCGAAAAGGAACGGAUUCGAAAGGUGAUUUUACAAAAGGAUUCCGUGUUUUGACCGGAGAACCCGCAAGUUGCGCUGGUCAAUCAAAGCGGACCCUUUCGCGCUCCCCCGGAAUCCCGGCCGGAAGACCAUCUGCCAGCCAGCCAUCUUUAAAACUGCCGAUUCGCCUCUCCGCAUCUCCGUCUGGCUCUCCAGAAAGCCCGGCCGACCGGCUCGAUAAACAACAAUCUGCCAAGUUCUCGACCUCGCCUGGUUCUCCAAUCGGAGGAUGCGCUUACCAAGCGAAGCGGACCCCCUCGCGCUCUCCGGAAGGCCCUGCCGGAAGGCCUGCUAGCAGCGCUGGUUCACGAUCUACGAAACAACAUGUCCGAGUCCCGAAUCCGGCUGCUCAAAAAGGAACGGAUUCGAAAGGCGGCCCGCCCUCGAUCCGGCAGGGCGGUUCUAGGGCGGACCACACGAUCAGUAACGGCCGCCGAUGCGUAACGUCCGCACUGAGUUAA